UUUCGAUAUUUUUUCGUCGGAGUUGCAUCUCAGUGGCGUGUGCUGCCACCUGAUCUCUGUUGUGCGUUUGCGCGUUGGUAGUUUCAAGUUCGUAAAAAUUGUUCGUUUUUUUUUUCGUUCGGAGGCCGUCCGCGCUUUGUUCUUUCCGAAGCGCCCCUGAACAUUUCUUGGCCUCGCCCGGUCUCCUGGAAUUUGACAUCGAUAAAAAAAAGCCUCCUAUUUUUAGUGCGAUCUAACCAAUUUUAAUUUUUCAGCACUACAGUAGAAGUUUGGACUCGACGACUUUCCGAUGAACAUGCACGGCAGCUCGGACUGCAUUGAGAAUGAUAUAUAGCGACAUUUUAUCGUGGCAACGGUUCACUUUGCAUGCGCCUUGGUCUUUGACCACGCUUGAGAUGCCUGCUAGCAGCUGCAGCGCCGUCGAGCUGGAUAAUAUUGCUUUCCUUCAGACCUCGUCAUUCUUGAGUGAUUAGUAGGACCCAAGAAGUAGAAGCAGCUGCACAAAAGUAUCUACAAGAAGGAUUUUUGCCGAACCUCUUUUGCCCAUCGCCAGGCACCUACAACUACGCUCGGGCAAUUUCUUCACGUUAAGUACUACCCCCCAUGAGAACCCAUGGACACAAUUGCGUCUUAACCUUAAUCACCCAGCGCUUCCCUGUCGAUCUCGAUCUGUAAAAGAUCAAGAUAGACGCCGCCACCGGUGCAAAAGAUAAAUACAACAAGGGUAGGCUCCUUGUUCUGCAGAGCAGUGCCUUUCUCUAGCCUGGUGCGGGAUCUUGACCGAAGCCAAAACCCAGUGCGCCCUCUGCUACUUACGACGAUGGCGAUCCACAUGCAACUCUUCCGACGAAGUCGGAUACCUCACUUCGCGAGGGUAUUUCAAGGAGCCAAAUUUGGGCUGCCGCACCCGGAGAAGGCCGACAAAGGGGGAGAAGACGCGAUGCUGCUCACGUCGAAGAUAAUAGGCGUACUAUUUUGUUGUACUAUUUUCAUUUUGCUUUUCUACGUAUUUAUUGGCAUGUAAGUACUUCUGCUGCAGUUGCGAACAGUAUGAAUCACAGUAGGGAAUUCUACUUCUUGGAGUGAUGGACUACAGGAGGACACGACGCCCUUCGUCUCUCUCUACUUCUUACACUUUUCUAUACUACAACACGCUCGUGCUUCUACAGGUCUCCGACGGCGUAGGUGGGUGGAGUCGCCGCGGCGUUGACGCCGGCGAGUACAGCCGGGCCUUGCUUUCCAACGUAGAGAAGGUAGCGGAAAAAAGCAAUCUCUCGCAGCCCACCCGGAUUUUGAGGAAGGCCUACGAUAAGUGCCGGCACAUUAUGGGGUCGGCCACGGUCUGCUUGGUGACUUUGCAAAAAGACGACACGGUAAUUGUUACGAACGUCGGCGACAGCGCCGCCAUAAUUGUGCGACCAAGCGAAAGAAGGAUCUUGUUCAAAAGCGAAGAGCAGGUUCACGAUUUCAACUUUCCGAAGCAGCUCGGCAUGCACUCCGACGACGUAUUUACAAAUUGAUGUUCUUCUGAUUUAGAUUUUGAUUUUAUUGGGCAGAAAAAAUUUCAGUUGUUGCAAAUCCUGUGGAAGAAGAUCGAGGUUGACCAUCCACUGCAUGCUGAGUUAAUAACUCACGCACACGACUUGUAGCAUGAUAGUAAAUACUACGCCCAAGCAAUAUCAAGAGUAGAAGCAGAAGCUGUUCCAUUCAAAGCUACGAACGACUCACUACAGAUGCCGGAGCACGGGGAUGUCCAUUCCGUGAAAGUUCAAGAGGGCGACUUGAUUCUGUGCGCAACCGACGGAAUUUUUGAUAACUUGUUCGACGAGGAUAUCCUGGAGCGCCUGUGUGGCCCGGCUACGGGAGCGGAUGAAGCAGACGCGAUGUCAACAGCCUCUACUACAAGUACUUCGACGCCCUCCGAGGAAGGAGCGGCAUCAAGCAAAGCGUCAACCGGCUCCACUACUUCCAGCGAACAAGAGGCGGCAACACCAGCAUCAUCGGAAAAUUCUGCGUCAUCAACCACUGAACAAACAGCUAUUUCAAACCUCGAGCAGAGGGCGCAGGACAUCGUGAAGGCAGCAUUUGUGCUGUCGCUUGACCCGCACUACAAUUCACCUUUUGCCUCCAGGGAAAAGGAAUGGCUGGAGAAACUACCCGCGGCUCUGCGGCCAAAGGGAAAGGGGUACGAAGGAGGAAAGCCGGAUGACAUUUCUGCGGUCCUCGUGGAAAUUGUGGACAAGGGCGACGACGGAAAGCCAUUCGCCCGACGAGUGUCUUUGUAAAGUUAGUACGAGGACUUCUAACUGGAGUAGUUCUAGUACUAAAUGCUGCGGGAGAAAGUAUAGUGCCAUCUUCAGUGGCCGCUGUUGCUUUGUUUCAGGAACAUCAAGGUGUUGGAGUCGUGUUUCUUGAUAAAAAGAGCUGAGUGGCUACAACGAGAUUGCACGCAGGCAAGCGCAAGCAGAAGAGAACCAGCACCCCGCACGUCGUGCUACAGACGCCCGAGCUUACUGUCGUGACUGAGUCCGGCUCAUUGCACCUGCUUUGCAAGAACGAGCGCCACGCUCAUGAUUCCGCCAGGCGAAGACCGCUAAGCUAAGUUCUUUGCAAGAACAGGACCUGCGUUUACUAGUGGAGGUACGAAUAUUCGCCGGUGCAGGCCACGGCUGCAAACAUGGAGAUCUUCAAGUCUGCGAACAACAUUUGCGUCGCACGUCGUGGUCCUCAUUUCGCUGCAGCGCCUUGGGUUACCAGUCCUGCUAUCGGCGGAGUACUAAAUAUGCGCCACCGCAGAAGCGGAUGUUGAAGUACAAGCACAACUCGUCAAGCUCUACUCUAAGACUAUACUGCGGCUCGCUUCGCUUCCCCUUCGGUACCAGCAGCGACAGGUUCUGGUAGAUGUGUAGUUUCUACGGCUGUUCAAGGGCUCGAAUGAAAACUAAGUCCUAAAGAUGAUGAUGAUGAUGAUGAUGAUGAUGAGCCAGAGGAAAUGCACAUAAGAUGAAGGACAAUGCUUUACAUCUUCGCUGUGAACUUUCUUUGGUGGGUCAAGUAUGCUCUCCGCCUCUGCGCAGAAAAAUGAAAAAUCAAAAACAUCGACGUCAGAGUUUUAAAUCAAGUAUGAUCACCAUCACG